UUCAUAUGAAACUCAUUAUGCAAAAGUAAAGUAAAAGAAUAGCACAAAUAUUUUUUAUUGUUCACUUUGAAAUUAUUAUAGCUGUUUGAAGAAGAAGAACGUAUGAGAAAUCAAAUAAUUAUUUUGGAUCAGAUCUGUUCCUGGGUAAAGUUGGGAAGCUUGAAGACAAAUGGAUUACAUGGUAAAAUGCAAAACGUUUGACCAUUUAGAAUUCCAGGUAAAAAAAAUUGUUUACUUUUUAUCCAUUAAAAAAGUAUAUACAGCCUCAAAAUUUUAAUGCAGUAAAUGAUCUAUUGACCAUUUAAGUUGUAAAAGUGAUUCUGUUUCAAAAUCGUUUUACCUCCGAAAUAAUGCAAUUUCAAAUCAUUUUUACAAUUAAUUUAGAAAUUUAUCAAGUUUUUACUCGGUAGUUUAAAAAAAAUUUGUAAAAUAUAAAGCGAAUAAGAUUUAUGAAUAAAACCAAUAUUUCUCCUAAAACCUUAAAUAGUAAAAAUAUUUCUUUUUUUUAAAGCAAAUAAGUAUCAAUAUAAUUUGUAAAAUUAGAUCUUAAAAAUUCAAAAACCUAUCAAAAUAUGAGCCAAAAAACUAUCAAAAUAAGUAUUAAAAAAAUAUGUAAAACAUAAAGGAAAUAAGAUUCUUGAAUAAAACCAAUAUUUCUCCUAAAACCUUAAGUAGUAAUUUAAGAAAAAUGUUUUCGCUUUUAUAAAAAGCAAAUAAGUAUCAAAAUAAUUUGUAAAAUGAGAUCUUAAAAAUUAAAAAACCUAUCAAAAUAAGUAACAUGGUAUAAUUUUGUUUAAGUUUAUGUUUUUCAAAAAAAGAUUCUAGAUAAUUAAACAUGAAGUGUAGAUGAAAUAAUAAUUUAAACUAAAGAUAUAUAAAAGUGAUUAAAUUUAUAAGAUACACCGUAUCACAUUCAAAAUUUAAAUAUUAUGUUAUAUUAAGUAUUUGAUAUUUUGCACAAACAUCAUGGAUAAAGGUAAUGAAAUAAAUAUAGUAUUAUAACUAUAUAUUUUAUAUUUUGGUAUUUUAAUUAUUUUGUGAAAAGUAUUGCAAACAUGUAUCCAUGUUUAUAAUACUACCAGAAUUAUUAAUUUACCUCUUUCAAUUGUUUUGUUUAAAUGCAGAUGCUGUUGAUAUAAUAUUUUAUUUAUUCUGAGUUAAAGUUUUAAGAUAAUCAAACAAAUUUUAAAUAUUAAAUUGAUCCGUGCUACGCACGGGAGGUUAUACUAGUAACAGUAUAACACCCAAAACAUACAGAUGGAAUCCAUUCAAUAUAAUAUUGUGAUAAAUCCGUUCAACUUUGAUAACUUUUGGUCAAACACUACUAAAAUCUACAAUUAUUGAUAACUUUUGGUCAAACAUUACUAAAAUCUAAAAAAUUAAAUGAAUAAAACAGUGUGUGAUUGAUUAGCCUCAUCAUUUUCCCUUCUUUUUUCCUUUUUGAAUCCUUUAUUUGUCUCGUAAGAAAGUAUAAAAACUACCAAAAGAAUAAAAAAGUAAAGAGAAAAAUAUAUUAUUCAAUAUUAAUAACUAGAAGAAAAAACGAAUUAUUUUGGAAACGAUACAUUAAAUUUAGAGUGAUUAAGAUAAUUUAUAUGGUCACACUCUUAAACUAUAUGUUACACGAAUCCUUAUAUAAUACUAAUUAAGGAUAUCAGCUGACUCACCGUACCUAAUUGUUUCAUUUAGUAGACUUGAGAUAUUACUAUAGAAAUAAUAAACAUGAUAAUAAUAUCAUAGAAUCUGUAAGUAAUGAUGAAUGGUGUUAAGAUUACGUAUAGUAAUGCAACAAGUUGAAAUUUCCUUUUUCCUUUAUUUUUGUUCUUUUCCCCUAAAAACAUGCAUCAUGCAUGCCUUUGAUCAUGAAGAGGACAGAACAGCUUCUUAUGUAACUGCAUUCUUUGGUUUCACAUAUUAUUUUAUCUGUAAUUACAUGUUUUGUUCCUUUCUAAUUAUUUUAUCCUCGAACCGAUUUCUUAUUAGAAACAAAUAUUAACGUUGUUCGUUCGACUUCAUAAUAAAAAUUAGUAGAUCUGCUUUCCUACUUAUUAAGCGAAGACCUUGAUUAGCGUAGGAAGGUUGAGAGAAGUUAAAAGAGUGUAUGAUUACAUGCAUACUCAUAAUUUCAGUUAAUUUUAUAAUAUGGAAACGAAUCAUAUAGUGUAUCUAAUCUACACGUUGAAGUUGAAAUAUAAGAAGGGUCCAUGUCGCAAACAACAACAACAUCAUUUUUAUAAUUGUCUUUCUUCUAUAAACAUGGUUUUUGAAAUAUUAUCUCAAGUAGUUUAUCCCUAAGACCCUAACUUAGUGCUGCUUAGUAAAAUUGUUUCAUUCCAAUGUUUAAAUUAAUACCAAAAAAAAAAAAAUAAAACAAGGAAUGGCGAGGCUCCACAUAUUGUCUCCACCAAGCCAAAAGUAAGCUCAAAAAUCUCCAUAAAUAGAAUGAGCAUGGACGUGUGUUCUCCACACUUACUCGAUUCUCUUACCCAAACAAAAACAAAACACACAAAUAAAUAUAUUAUUUUCCUUUGGGAAAAAUGGAUCAAGAACGUAACAUGGACAUAGAGAAGGAAUCAACAACAACCUUAGACUACUCGAAACGCGCUCAAUGGCUACGCGCCGCCGUCCUAGGAGCCAACGACGGUCUUGUCUCCACUGCGUCGUUGAUGAUGGGUGUUGGCGCCGUGAAACAUGACGUCAAAGCUAUGAUUCUCUCAGGAUUCGCCGGAAUGGUGGCCGGGGCUUGUAGCAUGGCGAUAGGAGAGUUUGUCUCCGUUUACUCUCAGUACGACAUAGAGGUGGCUCAGAUGGAGAGAGAGAGUGGUGAAGUGGAGAAAGAGAAGCUUCCUAGUCCACUACAAGCGGCCGCUGCGUCUGCGCUAGCGUUUUCCGCGGGUGCGAUUGUGCCGCUUUUGGCGGCUGCGUUUGUGAAGGAGUAUAGAGUGAGGAUCGUUGCGGUUGUGGCAGCGGUUACGGUGGCGCUUGUGGUUUUUGGGUGGCUAGGAGCGGCGUUAGGGAAGGCACCAGCGGUUAGGUCGUCGGCUAGGGUUUUGUUUGGAGGGUGGUUAGCUAUGGCGGUUACGUUUGGGUUAACUAAGCUCAUUGGGUUACAUGGACUCUGAAUUGUUCGUGAACCAUCUUCUUGUAAGAGUUUAUAUAGUAAGCGUUGCGGAUUCUACGGUGAGGUUAUGUUGGAACUCCAUGAAACACGAUCGACAGUACGUUUACGGUACGUGAAUAUACUGUUCUACUUCAAAUGAUCUUCAUACUGCAAAACCCAGUAUUUAAAUUAUGCGGGUUAUAUGUUUUAAUUUUAUGUAAGUGAUGAUACUGAUGUUGAGAGACCUGUUUUACGGUGGAUGUUGUAAACUAUAUAUUACGGUGAUCGCUCGUUUUAUAUUCCCUGGAACUAUUACGGUGAUGGCUCUUUUAUGUCAAAUUGGAAUCUUAAUGAAACAAUAUCGUUUUUCAUAUAAUAUAGUUUUGAUUUUCUUUCUAUAUAUUUUGUAUUGUGUUUUGUGUA